AUGGGGAAAGAGAACCACACGGGCUCACCAGGAUUCAUCCUUCUGGAACUUUCUACCCAGCCAGAGCACCGACGUCUCCUGGCCUUGCUCUUCCUCUCCAUGUACCUGCUGAUCCUUCUGGGGAAUCUGUUGAUUGUCCUGCUGAUCCGGUCUGAUGCUUGCCUCCUCCACACACCCAUGUAUUUCUUCCUCAGCCACCUUUCUUUGGCAGAUGUGGGCUUUGCCUCUGUGAUUGUCCCCAAGAUGUUGCAGAACCAUCUUGUCCAGGUCAAGACCAUCUCUUAUGGAGGCUGCUUGACGCAGAUGUAUUUCUACAUAGCUUUCGGCAAUACAGACAGCUUUCUCCUGGCUACUAUGGCAUAUGACCGCUAUGUGGCCAUCUGCCACCCACUACACUAUGCCACACGAAUGAGCCACAAGCGCUGCCUCUUCCUUGUGGCUGGUUGUUGGCUCCUGGCAUUUCUCCAUUCUUUACUGUACACGUUGCUGAUGUCCCAUCUCUCCUUCUGUUCUUCUCGGGAGAUCCCUCAGUUCUUCUGUGAGUUCUACCCAUUGCUGGGACUAGCAUGCUCAGACACAGCUGUUGUAGAGACCACAGCUCUAAUUGAAGGCUUUUUGGAUGUGCUGGGUCCUUUUGUUCUCAUUGUGGUUUCCUAUGUGUGGAUCUUCUACACAAUUCGAAAUGUCCCAUCUGCAAAUGGGAAGCGCAAGGCCAUCUCCACGUGUGGUUCUCACCUGGUUGUGGUAGUCCUCUUCUAUGGCACUCUGUGUUGGGUCUACUUGCAGCCCAGCUCCAGGAACUCAGGUCAGAGUAAUAUGGUAGCUUCUCUCAUGUACACUGUGGUGACUCCUAUGCUGAACCCCUUCAUUUACACCCUCAGGAAUCAGGAGAUGAAGGUUUCCUUGAGAAGACUUGUUGUCACAAUGUAG